GCUCGCCCAAAUCCAGUGCCUUGCAAGCUAGCCAGCAAAUUGAAUGAAUCGUCACGCCGUAGCAACGGCCGGCCGCCGGGUAUAUAUAGUAUGCACGCGCUCUCCCUGCAGGUUGAUCGAUCCAUCUCCAGCAGCAACCGUGGUCCUGGUCCAAGACCAUUCAGCGAUCGUCGCCGUCACCGGAGAUCAGCACACUACCCAUCAGCAUCCCGGGGGCCACAAGACCGUCGGCCAUGUCGUCUCUCAUCAGGUCGUUCGCGUCGCUCUACUGCCAGAUGCUCCGCUCCACCACCGUACUCGGACCGGCGGCGGCGCCACGUUUCCAGGCGGUCGACCGGCAGCCGUCCAGCGGCGUGGCUGGCACGAGACCUCCGCCGGCUCUGCCGCGUCGGUACCGAGAGCAACAGCGGACGCCUUUCUUCACCUGGGCUAGAUUGGCAAUUGGCUCGGUCCUUGCGGCGGCUGCGCCACUCCUGCACUCGCGAUGGGCGUCGAUCCUGCGGAUUCAGAGUGAGGUGGAGAUGGUGAAAGACGCGGCAGAGACGGUGGUGGAGGUCGUCGAGGAGGCAGCCACCUUUGCGGAGGUGGCCGAGCAGCUGCCCAAGGGCGCGAGGCUGAGGACUGCGGCCGUGCUCGUGGAGCACGCGUCCAAGGAAGUCGCCCAUGAGGCUCACCUCGCGCAGGACAUCAUCCACAUGGUGGAUGAAAUUGAGGAGGACGUGAAGGCCAUCAUUGAACCGAUUGUGGAUCACAGCAAGCAUGUUCAAGCCAAGGCACGCCACUAGUAAAAGCUGAGACAAGUAACAGGGGCAAACAAUUGAAGAUCUAUAUCAUUCUCAAAGAUGGGAAGUCAAAAGAUUUUAAAAGGCAGUGUAGUCGCCAUUGGUUUUGAUUUGAGUUUUCCAUUUUCACUUUUUUUUCGUAACUCUUGUGCAAAAUAGGAACAGAUAAUGAACGAAAAUAAUCUCACCAUAUAAUAAUAUAAUCAACUGCCGUCUGAAAAUUGGAUUA